GGGGCACCAGGGAGACGCCACGGGCGGGUGGGUCUGGAGGCUGUCUACAAGGCCCGAGCCACGGUGCUUCGAGGGCGUCGCUUCCUCCUUCCCCACCCCUCUACCCCACAGACUCGCGGGGAGGGAGCGCCCCUUCCAGACCUACCUUGUCAAGCACUCUGCUCUCCUUUGACAGGAAAACUAAGAAGGAAAGAAUGGCUGUGGAUUUGCUGCCUGCUCAGAUGACAGAGUCAGUGACGUUUAGGGAUAUAGCUGUGCUCUUCAGCCGGAACGAGUGGUUGCACCUGGACUCUGCCCAGAGAACCUUGUACCGGGAGGUGAUGCUGGAGAACUACAGCACCCUGGUCUCGCUGGGGAUUCCAUUUUCAAUGCCAAAGUUGAUCUGCCAGCUGCAACAUGGAGAAGAUCCCUGUAUGGUGGAAAGAGAAAUCCCUCAAGAUACCUGCCUAGGUUUCAAGACAUGGCCUGAAAUAGAAGCACUGCCUCCCGAAGAGGACAUUUCUAUAGAAGAAACAUCUCAGGGAAUAAUAAAGAAAAAAUCCAUUAAGUUUGGUCACUUGGAUGUCACGUUUGGAGAAGCUUUGGAAUUUGAGGGCAGGAGACAGCAAGAGCAACAGAAGAAACCUCUCAGGCAAAUGAUGGCCUCACACAAAAAAACCAUCAGUGAAGCUGGAAACCAGACAAGUCUUGAAUUAGGGAAAGGCUUAUUUAUAAAUACAGUUCUUGUUAGACAACAAAGUGCUCCUAUAGAAAGGAUACCCAAUAUAUAUUAUACUUUUGGGGAAGAUUUUAAACAGAAUUUUGAUCUAAUGAGAUGUUUCCAGAUUUACCCAGGAGAAAAAGCUCAUAUUUACAAUGAAUGUGGAAAAAGCUUCAACCAGAGUCUACAUCUUAUUGAACACCAGAGAAUUCAUACUGGUGAGAAACCUUACAAAUGUAAUGAGUGUGGGAAAACCUUCAGCCACAGAUCAUCCCUUCUUGCCCAUCAGAGAAUUCAUACUGGAGAGAAACCUUACAAAUGUAAUGAAUGUGAGAAAGCAUUUAGCAGUAGUUCAACCCUUAUCAAACAUCUGAGAGUGCAUACUGGAGAGAAACCCUAUCCAUGCAAGGAAUGUGGUAAAGCCUUUAGCCAGUGUUCAACCCUCACUGUACAUCAGAGAAUUCAUACUGGAGAGAAACUCUAUAAAUGUGGAGAAUGUGAGAAGGCCUUCAAUUGUAGAGCAAAACUUCAUAGACAUCAAAGAAUCCAUACCGGUGAGAAACCCUAUAAAUGUAGUGAAUGUGGGAAAAGUUACAGCCAGUUUACAUCCCUGGCUGAACAUCAGAGGCUUCAUACUGGAGAACAACUGUGUAAAUGCUUGGAAUGUGGGAGAAACUUCACUCGCAUCUCAACCCUUAUUGAACAUCAGCGGAUUCAUACUGGACAAAAACCAUAUCAAUGUAAUGAAUGUGGGAAAGCCUUCAACCAGUAUUCAUCCUUUAAUGAACAUCAGAAAAUUCAUACUGGGGAAAAACUUUACACAUGUGGAGAAUGUGGGAAAGCCCUUGGUUGCAAAUCUAACCUUUAUAGGCAUCAGAGAAUUCAUACUGGAGAGAAACCCUAUCAGUGUAAUCAGUGUGGAAAAGCUUUCAGCCAGUAUUCAUUCCUAACUGAACAUGAGAUAAUCCAUACUGGAGAGAAACUCUAUAAAUGUAUGGAAUGUGGGAAAGCCUACAGUUACAGAUCAAACCUUUGUAGACACAAAAAAGUUCACAAUAAAGAAAAACUCUAUAAAUGGAAGGAAUAUGGGAUCAGAGAAUUUCUUAGAGGAGAUAAGCCUUGUGAGGUUUAAUUCAUCUCUCAAAUACUUUAAGAUUUCUCAUUGGAGAAUAAUCAGGAGAAUAAUAAAUAGGGCACAGACUUCUGAUAGAUCAAAUCUUUUUUUAUCUUCUUCUAGAGAAAAUAGUUACCAUUAAGUAAUGGUAAAAUUGAUCAACGAAUAUUAAGAGCACUGACUUGUCAAAUUUUAUAAGAACCAGUAAAUUCUAAGGUUUCUAAAAACAUAAAAAUUUUAAAUUCAUAGAAAAAUGUAAAAGGCCUAAGUUCAAAAAAAAUGAAAAUAAUGGAAUAUAAGUUUUAUUUCCUUCAUUAGACUUUAUUCCCUUUCUAACAAUAAGCUUCAGUAUGAAUUUUCUCUUAAAAGCAAUCAUUGAGUUAUUAAUAACGUGAAUAAGUAUGGAGCCUUAUUUUCUAAAAUGGCAGACAGGUGUAGGACAUGCUUUCUUUCAUAAAGAGAAGCUAAACAUAGAAAGGAAUUCUUUAGAUUUUCACAUGGAAAUAAUCAAGCUCACUUUUUAUGAACUGCCUCACCAGCAAUUUAUACUUAUACAUAUAUACACAUAAAUGUGUAUGUAUGCAUGUGUAUAUAUACACACAUACACAGAAUUUUGGAUUAUAUGUAUAUUUUUCCCAAAAGUCUUUGACGAUUGAAAAAUGUGGUUUUAUUAAUUUAGAAUUUAGUUUUGAAAAUUAAAAUUUUGCCCAGUAACGUCUCUUCCUUUUCCUGUUAUUUCUUAAUUUGAUAUGAUAUGAUUGCUGAAUAGUCUUUAGAAGUUGGAGUAAACUGAAACAAGUGGAGAGACUGUCAUGCAAAUACUCUCUUGUAGGUUGCAGAAGGGAUAUAUUUCCAGAAUCUGAUUAUACACCUGGUAGCUCAUUAGAGCCAGGAGAGAUUUUAAUUUAGUUUAUUUAUAGCCUUUCAUUUUACUAAUGAAGAAAUUUAGCUUAUUGAGUAGCGUUAAGAGUAGAAUCUAGGUCUUCAGUUUUCUGUGGUAAUUUUAGGUUCAUUUCCAACCUCAAAUCCCAAGAGUCCAAGUCCCAAAGCUAUUUGUUUUGUAAACUGGUUAGGCACAAUUGCAUUAAUUUAAUCAGUUUUAUUUUUGUUUGACAGGUUCCCCCUGACUUUAAUCCUAAUAAUUGACUUACAAUCAUGUUUUUCCUUUUUGUUAUAUGUCCCUCAUUAUACCUGCUUUUUUAGUAACUGUACAUAAAUCCUGAAACCCAGCUGAGGUCCAGAUAGUGAAACUGCAUUUGGGGGUUUCACAUACAAGAUUGCCUUUUUGUUUAUUUUUGUUACACAUCUUUUAGGACUUCUUUUGUGUAAAGUGAUACAUGAAUAUUUUAUUAUUAAACAUUCUAAUCAUCAGUUUAAACUGGUUUUCCAAACAUUUUCCAUGUUUUUUAGAAAGAUUUCAUUUUCCCCUGGGCCUACUUCCUCCAAUUUUAUAUUUUACUUUCACAAUUGGUAUCAUUCAAAAAAUUGUUCUAGUAAAAUUAUCUAGAACUCUCUAUCUGAGAAAGGUUUUAGAAUUAAACUCAAGCAUUCAGCAUUUGACUUGUCUUAGCUCAUUAGAAAGUGUUUUCUUGGGAAUUCCCUGGUGGUCCAGUGGUUAGGAGUCAGUGCUUUCACUGCCAUGGCCCUGGUUCCAUCCCUGGUCAGGGAACUAAGAUCCCGCAAGCUGCAUGGCACGGCCAAAAAAAGUGUUUUCUUAUAUAUUUAAGUGUAUUUAUAAGGAAAAUGAAGAUUUUAAACCCCAGUUUUUAACAUCAUACAGAGCCAUUUGCAAGAUAUUCUAGAUAAAAACAUAUUUGAUUACCCAAUAGCAGUGACCAAACUUAGUACGAAGAUUUUGGUUUCUAAAUGCCAUUUCCCACUAAAAGGAACUUGGGCUUCUUGGAGAAAUGGCUGAUUCCAUAUUUGGAACAUGGAAAAUGUAAGGUAUGCCUGGAAUAUUUUUUAAUGAAACAAAGCACUGAGAGACUAAUGGGAUAAUGUCAGAAAGACCUCAGGGACAAUUUAAAGGAGCUCCCACAGGUCAAAUUUAGGACAAUUUAAACAUCAAAAAGAAUAAUCACAGUAAUUGGUUAUAACAUGCUAAGUAAAAUAAAAUGAGCCUGUAAUGAAAAAAUAGAGAAAAAAAAGAAAAGCUCUUUAUGUACUUAUUUGAAGAAUGUCAUCGUUCAUUGUACAUGGAGUAAUAGAUUUAGAAAAAUCUUGCAACCCUUAAUGUAAUUAAAUCAGGCAUGUUCAAUGGAUGGGAAAACCCUCUUAGGUGAAAAAAAAAAUUAACAAACAUUAUUUACAUGAUGUCAAAAGAUCACGCAUACCAAUUGCAAAGGAAAGAUAUGCCUUUAUAAUGGAGACAUCUGGCUGUCAAACUGAGUUUCUCUACUAGUGGGACAACCUGACAUAUGACUCAUGACAAGAUGCAGUAUGAAGUACACAUGAUCAUUGUGAUGUAUUCUUGCCAAAAAAAUUUUGAUGAAAAUCUAACUAAAUCUCUUAUCUAGACUGAUCUUCCUGUUUACAAGAAAUACAAGGAAUAGAGGAACAAGUUGAAUUACAUAGUAAGGAAUUAAACCCAGAAUUUGAGUUACUGUACAUGACAGCUUGUCUGGGCUUUUCAAAAAGCCAAUGUAAUAAAACAAAAAAUGGAGUCUUCUAGAUUAAGACACUCGAGAUAUAACCAAAUGCAAGGUGUGAUUCUUAUUUGGGAUCUGAUUCAGAAAAAACAACUGUAAGGACAUUUGGGGGGACACUUGGGGAAAUACGAGGAUAGAAUUGGUAUUAGAUAAUGUGGUAUGUUUAAUUUUCCUAGAUAUGAUGGGGGUAUUGAGGUAUAAAGGACAAUAUCCUUAUUCUUAGGAGAUGCAUGCAAAAGUUCUCAAGUUUGUAGAGUCAUGAUGUUUGUAGCAUAUUUUCAAAUAAAUAUGUCAAAAAUUAGUCAAAUGUUGUUGACUCUUCGUGGAGGAUAUAGUUAU